GGCUUCAUAGAGCUGGGAAAAAUGGCAGAGGUGGACUUCGGUGACAGCGAGCUGUUUCAACAGUUAGAUGACUCCACACCCCCAGUCCCAACACAUAUUCGUUUCACGGAUGAUGAGGAAGAUAAGGAAGAGACGAGAUUGCUCCGGAGCAGGCUUGAAGAAUGUGACGACUACAUCCAGAGACUCAUCGAUGAGAAUAAGGCGUUGAGAAGAAAACUGAGUAUCCUGACGCGACCAAGCGGCAUUACGGUUGAAGAUGUCAGCAACGACGGGCCCCUUCUGCAAAUUCUUUACACAAACAAUAGUAUCUCGAAGCAGUGUCGUCAAGAAAUCGAAGAUUGUAUCUGCAGUGUGAUUCUAAGACACCAGAAACCAGACAGUCAACAGAAAAAAUCCUCUUUCCAUCUAAAAGCUCAGAAUUCAGCCUUUGCUUUGGAUGAAGAUCCACAGAGGACAAAUACGGCCAGUGUAAAAACGACAACAGAAGCCUUUAAAGUGGUUGGAAGUGUAUUGUACUUCACUGCUUUCAGUGUUGAUAAACUUGGACAGCCUUUGCUGAAUGAAAACCCACAAAUGACAGAGGGAUGGGAGGUUCCAACGUAUCAGCAGGUCUUCAACCAAGUUAUUGGCACAGAUGGACAAGAAAUAGAAAUGAAAGACAAAAGACCCAAAUCGAUGUGUUUCAACUGUGGCUCUGCCACUCAUCAACUGAGAGACUGUCCUAAGCCUAAAGAUAUGGCUGCAAUUAAUGAGAGAAGGAAGGAGUUUACACAGAACAGCAAUCAAGCUAUUCAGAGCAACCAGCGGUACCAUGCAGAGGAAGUGGAGGAGCGGUUUGCAAAAUACAAGCCUGGAAUCAUGAGUGAAGAACUGUUAGCAGCUCUAGGAGUUGAUGGCACCACCCUUCCUCCUUUGAUUUAUCGAAUGAGGCAGCUAGGAUACCCACCAGGUUGGCUCAAAGAGGCAGAGAUGGAAAACUCAGGCUUAACACUAUAUGAUGGAAAUGUUCCAAAUGAUGGAAGUGAUGACAACAGUGCACAAAAAGUGUCUUAUGAUGUUUCCAAACUGAUAGAUUUCCCAGGCUUUAACGUACCUGCUCCAUACAAAAUGAAAGAUGAGUUUAUGCAGUAUGGUUCUGUUCCGAUGCAGAGCAGCCACAUGAAACAAAACUAUGCAGCCUACCUUUCUAACAACUUUAACACGUCUGGUGCUACCUGCAACAAGAGACAGCAUGAAUCAGACUCAUCUCCACAGCAAAGGAAGAAGAUGAAGGGCAGCCCAGAUAGGAGUUCGGAUAUGGAUAUUGAGUCAGACCCAGGAACGCCGUAUCCCACUCACAGUGCUGGAGACUUCUGUUUCCAGACUCCACUGCCCCCUGGCUCUCCGUGCUUCAGUUCACCUCCACCUUUACCUCAGGGCACCCCCCCUGCUACUCCCACUCCCCCACCUCUCCCUAAAGGUACACCACCUCCCACACCCACCAACGGCUCUCCAGCUGUGAGGAAGCAAAUACUGGUUGAUGAGACAAUGGAGGGAACAGAGGAUGACUUGACUCUGGAGGAGCUAGAGGAGCAGCAGCGGCAGCUCUGGGCAGCUCUGGAGAAUGCAGACACAACCACUAACAGUGACUGUGAGACACCAGCAAUGGGGACACCUGUCCCCAGUUCACCCAGUGUGUCCACACCUGCUCAUGUUGAUACAGAAACAGAAGAUGUUGAAGAAGUGAUGGAGACACCUGUACCUACAGAAUCUAAAUCCCCUACAAGUGAAAAUGAGAGUAAACCAGGGGUUCAAGAGGAGUGUCCUAGUUCUGGACCAGUAAAGUCUCAGGAGGAAAGCCCUCAGAGCCCUGGUCCAAUCAAAACUGAGGAAGACCGCCCUCAGAGCCCAGAACCAGUUAAAGUGGAGGAAGACAGUCCUCAAAGUCCUGAUCCAGAUGCCAGAAGUGCUGGAGACGGUGUUUGUCUGGGUGAGAAGAUAGCAGCAGUCCCUCAUCGGAGAAAUUUCGCUGCAGGCAUUGUUCCAUUUGAAGACACACCAGAGUACACUGAAGUUGCUGAAGCCACAGGUACAUACCUGAGGAUCAGAGACUUACUAAAAAGCUCACCUCGGAAUUUAGCCAAGAAAAAAACAGAAUUUACUUGAUUUGAAACGCAGUGAUUGUUGUGCUUUUAAAGUGAAAAUUCUGUUUUAUUUUCUUGACCAUACUACCAAACAUGUUUUUUUAUGUUUUUUUUUUUUUUAUUUUUUAUUAUUUUGUAUUUAGCUGAAUGUCCAUGCUGUAUAUAAAUGUAAUCUGUAAAGAACCAUUGAGGGAUGCUGCAACAGCAACUGUGGGUUUUAACCUCACAUUUUUGUCAUAUUUUUGUAGCAUUAGUUGACUUACGUGCUGUUCAUUGUAUGUUAAAAGAAGUUUGCUUCUCUUGACCUGAAUUGAUUUUGAUGUCAUGGUUGUUAAAUUGCUAUUUCUAUUUUUGUCUCACUUGAAAUUGCUUUAAAAUGAAAAGUAAACCUGAUUCUGUUUGCUAUA